UAUUGGCCAAUGAGGAAAGAGAUUUUUGCCUGACAGAGGUUCCAAGCUUUUAGCGUUUUAUCGUUUUGUUUAUGUGUUGGGAGAAGGUUGUUUUCUUUUUUCUCCUGUAACUCACAUAUGUCAUGUAGUGAAUAGAAUUAUCCUCCUUUAGGGCUGAAGAAUAGCAGUUUUAUUAUUUGCGGGGGUUGUGUGAUGUUCAGAUGGUUUUUUGAAAAGUUUAAUUUCCUUAACUCCUUUUCUGAUAAAAAAGAAGACCUUCCAGUUACCCAGCAGUGGACAACUCUACCUACAAACACAAACUCUUUGUGCCCAGCUCGACUAACUAGAUCUCCUUUGCGAGCAACAGACUCUUUGGGCCAAAGUCUGCUCCUUCUGCCUUCUGCUGAUACACCCCGAUGUGUGUCUUCUGUGCCAACCACCUCCACAGGUGUUACUUCCUCCAGUGUGUGUUCCAGAAAAAGGAGUUACAAUAGUAUCCGGUCUUCUGAAGAAAAGGAGUUGCAAGUAAAAAGGUGCAAAUUAGCUGACCUCGUCUGUUCUGUGAAAAGCUCCAUUUCAGGUGUUGCUGAUUUGUUAAACUUAUCACCACGUUUGAGAAACACAACUGUCAUGCUGUCUCUUGAAAAGGAGAAAACAUGUGCUGACCUUACAGAUCAGGAGUUUCCUCAAAUUCGUGAGCCACUGAAAGACAGUCUGAAUGAGCCUUCAUCAAGAGUAGAAAAUAUAGAUAAACAGAAAACAUUGUCCAGGACAGUGAAUUGCCUGAAGCAGAACAUUACUGACUGUCAUUCCAAAACCGUACCUCCAUUUGUAAAACAGAGACAUGUCCAUGAUAAAAGUACUAAAACCCACCAUGGAUUACUGCUUGGAGCCUGUUUACCUGCUACAUCAUCAGCAAAAGAUGGCAGACUAGCACACCCAGUUUUGUUGCAAGCUAGCCAGACUUCGAAGAAGCAGCAGCAUAUUACUCUACAAGAACAUAUGAAGAAGGAAGAAAGAGAGAGAUACAAGCAGUUGCUGCUGCAGCUAAUACCUCCAGAGUACAAGAAACAGCUUGCUUCAGCCCAGACACCAGCCUGUACCAGUGUAAUAGACAGAGAGAAAGAUCCACAGAGUACUGUGAAGCAGUUACUGAAUGGGAAGCCUGCUACUACUGUAAAGUUUUGUAAACAGACUCCACUGAAACAAGGAAAAGUUAACCAAAGUGUUCUAAGAGAAAAGGAUGCCCAGGUUUUAAAGAAUAUCACUGUAAGAAGGACCAUUUCCAAUUCCUCAAUGAAUUUAUAUGAAAAAAGAAAAGGAAACCCAUCUGCAGAACAUGUUAAGGGAGAGAAGGUGGAAAAUGAUUUGUCACAGAAACUGGGAAAUGAUCUGUCACAGGAGGUUGCUGCUCGGUUGUCUCUCCUGGAUGUCCGUUCUCGUAAUGCACUUAAAAGACCAUCUGACGCUAAAGCAGAAUUUGGACUUGGUUCAGCUGAAGAGUGUCCUGCACUUACUAUGGAAAUGAAAAAAGAAAUUCAGAAAGCAUUUGAACCAGGAGAGCCCGAUGAAGUUUUGAGUACUGCUUUUAAAUUAAAGAUUACCCGUAGUGAUAUUGGUACUUUAAGGAACUCAAACUGGUUAAACGAUGAGGUAAUUAAUUUUUAUAUGAAUCUCAUCGUGGAGAGAAGUAAGAAACCAGAGUUUCCAAAUACCUAUGCAUUUAGUACGUUUUUCUUCACCAAACUGGGUUCAGGAGGUUACCAGGCAGUAAGACGAUGGACAAAAGGUGUUGACCUAUUUGAGAAAGAGAUUGUUUUAAUUCCUCUUCACUUGGGAGUGCAUUGGGCUCUAAUGGUUAUAGACUUCAGGAAAAAGACUAUAAAAUAUUUGGAUUCAAUGGCCAAAAGGAAUAAUAGUGCCUGCUGCUUGUUGCUGCAAUACCUGGAAGAAGAGAGCAAAGCCAAGAAGGGUCAGACUCUGAAUGUUUCAGAGUGGACAUUGUACCCCAUGAAGUCACAAGAGAUCCCACAGCAGAUGAAUGGAAGUGACUGUGGAGUUUUUCUCUGUAAAUAUGCUGAUUAUAUAGCAAGAGACAAGCCUAUUACUUUUACACAGCGCAACAUGCCCCACUUCAGAAAGACAAUGGUUUGGGAAAUUCUUCAUCAGAAACUACUCUGUGAUGUCCUGUGUAGAAGAACAUGAUCAAAGAAGCUCUUUGGUGGUUUAUAUUGCCAUGUUUACAUCUCCUGCCAAGUAUACAGUUUAUACCUCACUAUAAAGUAUGAUUUUGUAUAAUCCAUUUGUUCGGAUUUUCUUUUUCAUUGGAGUAUGUGAAACAUCAUCUCUGUCACUGCAAAGUUUCACUAGAGAAGUCCAGUGGUUGUCUCAGCAAUAACCUAAUAUUGAAAUGCUUGUUAGUAACAGUCUAGAAUUUAUCUUUUCUUACAAUGAAGUAGAUGUUGUUUAUUAGUUUUAUUUUACCAAAUGUAUACUGUUUGGUCUAUAGGGUUUUAUUAUUCUAGCUGUAUAUAUAUAUAUGUAUAUAUAUAUAUAUAUAUAUAUAUAUAUAUAUAUAGAGAGAGAGAGGGGGGGGCAUAACGUCUUAGACAAAAUAAGUUGAUGUUUAGGAAUUGGUAUUUUAGUAUUUAUUUAUUUAUUUAUGAAGCCUAAUAGUCAAAAAGCAGCUGCAAUGAUAUUUUUUCAAUCUCUGUUCCUAAAUAUACCUGGUCAUAUGUACAAAUAUUUGACUGAAAAUGUACUCUCUUAUUUUUUUAAGAUAACUAAAAUUUUUUGAAGUGCCUGGAACCACAUGCAAUAUUUUAAACUGGAAGAUAACUUCAGCAUUCCUGUAGUAUGUCUUAAUAGAUAAUUUUGUUUAUAUUUUGUUUUAAUUUGUUUAGUUUUGAAGACUAUAGUCUUCUGUACACAUACAGAUAAAAUGCAAGUAUGUAAUACAUUUCUGACAGGUUAAUUAUCCAGAAGAGUGUCAUACAGAGGCUGCCAAUCAAAAGUUUGAAACGGAAUGUAAUUGAUAAUGCUGGAAUAUCAGUGGUAUAACCUGCAGUUUUUCUGAUCUUGUACGUAAAGUAUUCACAUGGCACUGAAUACAGUUUUGUAUGGCUGGUCAUUUAAGAUUUAUUCAAGUGUUUUUGUUAGCAACUUGAUGCAGUUUUUCGUUUUUAUGUGUGUGUGUUUUUAAUUUGCAGAUGAUGGUGAGUACUCUAAAUCACUGUGAACAUUACCUAUGAGUCAAAUUCAAUACAGAAAAUGUACAGCGAGUUACACACA